CAAUCAAAAAAGUUUAAUCAUGGACAAUUAAGCAAAACAGCACACUAUCGUUACAACUGUUACCCAAACCGAAUGUAGACUGUAUUGGAUGUGCAAAAGGCAGUGCUAUUACCCAUACGUCAGCCUUAAGUGUGAAAGCAAUACAACUAAAGCCAACUCAGCGUUCAGUCAAUCACAACACAGACAUCAAUACAAACACAUCCAGACAUCCGAUCAAUACAUCACCGCUUAAGACAUCACACAAACAGCGAAUCCCAGGUGUCAUCCCAUAGUCACCGGCAACACAUCCGUCGCUUCCACACCACAAACAGCACACGUGUGCCGACACAACACUAGUCUUCCGCUUCACAACCGCUACUCAACGCCAGUCAUCACUCGAUCAGAUCCCGAAGACAAUGUCCAACAACGACAACAACUCCGCGGGCGGCGACUCGGAUGCGGUGUCCGAAGAGGUGAAAGUGGAUAAAUGGGACGGAAAUGCGGUGAAGAACUCGUUGGACGACGCGAUCAAAAAGGUGUUCACCGAUUCCGACCGCAAACUCGGCUACACUGAGAACCACUGUCUGGUCGACACUCGGCUCGCCAUUUGCGUGACGGCAGUCGGCGCCGCACUCUUCGCACUCGUUUGGGAUUAUUUCAAUCCAUUCCCGCUCUCGAAGCCGGUGCUCAUCGGUUGUGUGGUCUCGUACUUCGUAUUGAUGGCCAUUUUGACCGUUUAUACCACGUUCGUAGAGAAGGGCAUCUUCUUGAGGGCCACUCAAUCGGAUCCCACGGGUGUCGACAAACCUAAGCUGUGGACAGUGUCGUCGAUGUUGAAGCGUUUCGAUGAUAUCUACCACUUGUGUAUCGAAUAUAAGGCGCCGAACGGACGCGUCUCCGAAGCGAAUCUCUCGAAAUCGAUCGCCAAUUGGUUUGACACGAAUGGUGUCCUUCUGUUCGACAAAUUCGAGUCCGAAGUGAUUAAACUUCACGACAGUCUCCUCUCAGACAAGAAAAACAAAUGAUUUAUUACUGUUUAGUUGUCUUUCUGUUUGUAUUUUGUAUACAAUUUUGUGUUUUUUGGGUCAAAAUAUUUGAAAAAGUAAUGAUAAAUGUUUUGUUCACUUUUCUAUCUAUUCUUUCC